AUGGCGCUUGUCCCCCCACCGGCGGCGGCUGAAUUAGCGAUAGCCCCUACAGACCCGCCGGCUGUUUCGACAUGCUCGACGCCGAGAGCUCGAUACGAUGAGGCUGCGGCCGAUGGGAAGUCUGACAGUGACGUCGAGGACCGCUUCGACGGCGCAGGAAGGGCUGCGGAUGGGCCGGGCAGCAAUGGUGACGCUGAGGGCCGGUAUUCGAGACGCCGGCCCAACGACGAUGGCAUCUACUACCCCGAAGGCGGCUUCAAGGCGUGGAUGGUCGUCGUGGGAUCUUGCUUUGGCACUGCCGUUACUCUGGGGAUGAUGAACACAGUCGGUACAAUCCAGGCCUAUGUCCGCGAGCACCAGCUCAAGGAGUAUGACGAGGGUACAACCGGGUGGAUAUUCAGUACCUUCAUCUUCCUUGGUUUCUUCGGCGGCGUCCAGGUUGGGCCUGUGUUUGAUGCCCAUGGCCCCAGGAUGCUGAUACUCGCCGGCAGCGUCUGUCUGGGUGCCAGCAUGCUGCUGCUCGGACUGUGUACGCAGUACUGGCAUUUCAUGCUCUGCUUUGGCAUCCUUGGUGGAACGGGGGCCUCCCUGAUCUUCACGCCUGCUCUAUCAGCCAUCAGCCACUGGUUCAACGAGAAGAGGGCAACGGCUACUGGGAUUGCUGCGGCGGGCGGCUCAGUCGGUGGGAUCGUUUUCCCUCUCGCCUUGCAGAAGCUAUACACAGUGGUCUCGUUUGCAUGGGCUACAAGAAUCGUUGGAUUCGUCGUGAUCUUUUGCUGUGCCGUGGCGGUCAUACUGGUGCGCUCACGUCUGCCCCCAAAGCCUGGACAGACAGUUAUACCCAGCCUACGCAUCCUACGCAACCCGGCAUAUCUAUCUGUCACACUGGGGACAUAUUUCAUGGAAUGGGCUCUCUUUGUCCCAAUUGCGUAUAUCACUGCAUUUGCCCUGUCGACGGGUGCCAUGUCCACCGCGUUCUCCUACCAGCUAAUAGCUAUAAUGAAUGCGGGGUCCAGCAUUGGCCGAGCGCUGCCUGGAUAUGUGGCUGACAAGCUUGGUCGUUUCAACAGCAUGAUCGCUGCUCUUGUUAUCUGCACAGCCAUGACCAUUACUCUAUGGCUGCCUGCCUCGCUCCUUACCACAACUCCUUCCUCAGCACCGACAAUCAAAGCAUUGUCCAUUGUGUUUGCUUUGAUAUUUGGCUUUGCUUCUGGAUCCAAUGUCUCCUUAGCUCCGGUGUGCGUGGGCCAGCUGUGUGACACGAAUGAGUAUGGGAGGUACUAUGCAACAUGUUAUACGAUCGUCUCAUUCGGCACCCUCACAGGCAUUCCGAUUGCGGGGAGUCUUCUCCAGCAUACUGGCGGACGAUACUGGGGAGUUGUUUUAUGGACCACCCUCUGCUACGUUAUUUCUCUAGCCUGCUUUAUCUGGGGCCGAGCUUGCUGCGUCGGAUGGAAGCUGGGGGUCAAGUUUUAG